AUGGUGACGGCGUCAACCUCUUACAGUGCAAAUGCGCCUCUGACUUUACCUGGCGAGGGUAAAGCUGGUGCAUCACCCGCUGCUGAGACUGCCAAGGCACCCGCUGCGCCAUUCUUCAAGGGUGCGUUUGGUGCGCCGCCUGCUUCUGAGACUGCCAAGGCACCCGCUGCGUCACCCUCCAAGAGUGUGUUUGGUGCGCCGUCUGCUUCUGAGACUGCCAAGGCACCCGCUGCGCCAUUCUUCAAGGGUGCGUUUGGUGCGCCGCCUGCUUCUGAGACUGCCAAGGCACCCGCUGCGUCACCGUUCAAGAGCGUCUUUGCUGCGCCGUCUGCUUCUGAGACUGCCAAGGCACCCGCUGCGCCAUUCUUCAAGGGUGCGUUUGGUGCGCCGCCUGCUUCNCGGCGUCAACCUCUUACAGUGCAAAUGCGCCUCUGA